AUGGGGCAAUGGGAUGACGACACCAGCUACUUGGAGAUGAUAAGAAUGAUUUCAACCAGUGAGGAGGCGACACCAGCAGCUACAUGGGACGAAAUUGUGCUGGACCAAUCAAGUGAAGAUAGGAUCAAGGAAGUGAUGAUCAUCUUGAAUGGACCAAUCAGGUUCAGCUACCCAUCAGCUUGGAAAAUGGACCAAUGGAAAGGUGCCAUUCAAGCUGAGUGGAUAAUGAUGGAUGAAGCUGCUGUAGGCGUGCCUCAACACCAUUGGUCCACACAAGGGAAAAGGUGGCGCCAUUCUGGUGGAGGAGAUCACUCACCUGCUUCACUUCCCAGCCUAUAA